AUGGCUGGAAACACGUCAACUGGAGUCUCGACAACACCAUCGUCUUGUUUUCAUCUUCUUGAUCCUAUAUUUGAUAAAGUUUCCGAACGUUUUCUUAUGAAUCUCGUAACAGCUAUCAUCAAUAUCAUUGCCUCUCCUUUCGCUGUGAUUUCAAACGUGUUAAUCACCGUCGCCAUCUUCAACAAUGCCCGACUCCGAACGCCAUCAAACAUUCUGAUAUGUUGUUUGGCUCUCUCAGAUAUCUUGGUUGGCCUUGCAGUUCAACCAGGUUAUAUUACCUACAGACUCAUGGAAAACCAGCAUCGGUCAGCUCCUUGCUUUGUUCGACUUAUAUACGCCAAUGCGUUCUAUAUUUGUUGUGGGGUUUCUUUUAUGACAUUGACGGCCGUCAGUUAUGAGCGAUUUGUUGCUGUUCGUUUACUGGCAAGGUACAAUAACCUUUUCUCAUCAAAACGCGUUCUAAAGUAUGUGGUUAUUAUCUGGGUACUGAAUAUUUUGUUAACAACUCUUCAAUGGGUGGGUGUAACCAGAAUUUCGAAGGCUGUGCAUUUGAUGGUGUGGUUUUUCUGUCUUCUGGUUUCUGGAAAAACACACGUUGGAAUCGUUUGGGUGUUGCGGAGACACCGUCUUCAAAUGCAACCACAACAAACUAUUAACGAAAACAUCCGAAAACAGAGAGAAGCCAGAAUUUCGAGAAGCAUUUUGUUAAUUGUUGGAGUCUAUUUUCUUUUAAACACGCCUGUUCUAUUAGCGAAGAUAUAUCAUCAAAUUCUACAGCAGGACAUAAAAACUUAUAACCAUUUUAGCUGGACGGAGACUCUUGCUUUUUUGAACUCGUGCACAAAUCCAAUGAUCUGCUUUUGGAAAAACCGACAAGUUAGGCAAGGAGUACUGACAAUGCUUAAAACAAUAUGUUGCUACAACUAAUCAUUGUAUAAAAACCGUAACGAAUUUUUUUGCUGCUUUUCUUUGCUUCGUAAUGUGUACAACUAAAGCCAAGUGAAAUUCUAAAGAUUAAUUAUCUUAAUUUUUCAUUCAGUUAUCAAAGUAUGAAGAACACAGUGAAGUAGCGCAACCCUUGUUAUUUCUUUUAGCAGAUAGAAGCAUGUAAAUUUUCUUUGGCAACAGAGUUGGUGUAUUUUUAUCUUUCCUGCAGACAACUUACAUUUGCUUCGAUAGCACUAACAUUUUCUUGUUGUGAAUGUCUUUGGAUACGAUCAUCGAGGAGAGAGAAAGAGUUUUCCUUGAUCUUCCACAUACACAAUGUCGUCGAAUUGAAGGUAUAACAUUCAAUGGAUAGUUUAGGAUUGAUUCGCUCUCUAACGCUUCGUUGGGUAAAAUGGUAACAGCCUAAACGAGGCGUCUCAGUAUCGCAGACUUAGUUAUCAAGGUAUAUCACGGAUUGAUGUAUUAUACCGUUAAUUCAAGAUUAGUCCACCAUCGCUGUCUGCUUUGCUAAUAAAUAUAACCAGUUGACAGUAUAGGUCAGCGUAUUUGAGUACGUCAUUUGUAUGGGGAAAAAUUACAUGAGCCAUUCUACAAUGCUCUCCAAAUGUGGUAACUGUACGUGUCUCCUCAAAAUUAAAGCAAGCUGAAAAUCGGUUGUUUUUGCAAAUAAAGUCGGGAAAAAUUCUCGUUCUUUUGUGGAACAAUCAUGUAUUCCACUCACGCUUGUUGGAUAUGAGAUGAUUAUUGUCAAUUCAGCACUAUGCGCAUCGUUGGCUAUCGACCAUCUCAUUUCCAACGUGCACUCGUGGAAUUAUUGUUAAAUAUACCAACAUUUCUUGCCUGUUUUGAACACAACACUACACCCUCAUGAUUAAAAGGUGCAUGAGAAAUAAUCAUUAAUUAAUUUAAUAUUUGUAGCAAAGGAUUGUAUGUUCCAAGCAUUAACGUAGUCUAGCCUGUGAUCUUGCCCUCCAUAUAUGAUAUACACCGUAUCUCCAUUAUGUCGAAAACAACAACAACAAAAAAAGACGCCUGGUCGUAGGUUAUAUGUAGUCUUUUCUUGCAAGUAUACACUGAGUAUAUAAUGGAAAUCAAGAACCUGAACAAUGAUGCCGUGACAUUAAUCUCAGUUUCUGUGUCAAUAUCACUAUUCCAUACUAACUGUAAAUGUCACUACUGUUUUCUUAGUGCAUUUUGAGAAAAAAGAUGAUAAAUCAGUUUCAUAUUUGCUGUCAUUUCUCAUAAGGUUAUCUGAACAUCACGCUUGAAUUUAACUGUUUAUGUUCAAGUUUAUUUCUUUUCUUUCUCGGCUCGAAAACGUGUUACUUAGCUGACUAUAGAAACAUGUACAUAAAAAGCUCUAAAUUCUAAAAAUACGAAACAGGAUAUGCUGCGAAAAUGCUUUUAUUUUACGGAACGAAACUUAAAUUUAAGCUUCUAAACGUUUCAUGUAGUUUCUUUUCAAUGUAGGUUCAACCAUUUAAACUUUGCUUCGGAAAAUGAUUCAGAAAAGAAAUCCACUUCUCAUGUGUUGUGGCCGCGUUCCACAAAAUUUGCAAUUUCAUUGUAUCACCCUGACUGAGAAUAAUAUAUAAAUGAAAAAUGUUUGUUAAAGCUGAUUGCAUGAUGCAACAAAACACAAUGUGGUGUAAAAACCUAUGGCAUAGCAUCCACAGAAAAUCUUUCCAGAAUGAUCUAACGUUACUUUAAAAAGAGAGCUUUCCGAGUCAGGAACUUUCUCGAAUCAUUCAGUCUAGUGAUCUUAGUUCAUUCCAUAACUCGAGGAUAGGCUGCUAAGGAUUUUUUUUUUCAAGUAAGAGUGGCAGGUGUAUAUUUUUUAAUUGGAUUUCACGUCAACAAAAGCCAAGAAAAUAGAUUAAACGUAUUAAAACAAAUGACCUGUGCCAAAUAUCGUGGACAAACGUUUUUCAACACAAUAUAGUCGACGGCCUACUGAUCAUCAUCAUCAUUAUGGCGGCCAACAAUUCUUCGACUAUAGUCUUACCACCGCCUUCAUCUUGUUUCCAUCUGCGUGAUCCUUUUUUCCAAAACGUUUCCGAACGUUUUACUAUGAAUCUCGUAACUGCAGUCAUCAAUAUCAUUACCUCUCCUCUCGCUGUGAUCUCGAACUCAUUCAUUGCAGUCGUCAUAUUUACCAAUGUCCGACUUCGAACACCGUCAAAUCUUCUCAUAGGUUGUUUGGCUCUCUCAGAUAUCUUGGUUGGCCUUGCAGUUCAACCAGGUUAUAUUACCUACAGACUCAUGGAAAACCAGCAUAGGUCAGUUCCAUGCUUUGUUCGAAUUUUAUACUCCAGUUCUUUCUAUAUUUGUUGUGGGGUGUCUUUUAUGACACUGACCGCUGUCAGCUAUGAGCGAUUUGUGGCUGUGCGAUUGCAGACAAGGUACAACGAUGUUUUCUCGUCAGGACGAGUCCUUAAAUAUGUGGUGGCUAUUUGGACUCUGAAUACUUUGUUGACCAAUCUACAAUGGGCAGGAAUAAGCAAAAUAUGGAAGGGCAUUCAGUUGAUUUUGUGGUUUUUCUGUGUUCUGGUCUCUGGGGCAGCAAACAUUGGGAUUGUUUUUGUUUUGCGUCGACACCGCUGCCAAGUACAAAGCCAUCAACUUUUUACUGAACUUGUGCGUAGGCAUAGGCAAGUCAAACUUACAAGAAACAUCUCGGUCGUUGUGGGAAUUUAUUUCCUUUUUAACACACCGUUUUUGUUCGCAAAAAUCUACCACCAGAUUUUACAGCAAGACAUCAAGACUUACAACCACUACAGCUGGACAGAAACACUGGCUUUUUUAAACUCUUGCACGAAUCCUUUAAUCUGCUGUUGGAAAAAUCGACGAAUUCGUAAA